AUGCCAGACGAUAGCUCAGCAGGACCAACCGAUGAGAGGCGAGAAGAUCCGAUUGAUCUCAACGGAAUUCCAGAUGAAGACGCCAAACUCAUCAAACACCUCACGUGGCUCUAUGGAGGCUACCAAAUGCGACAGAGGAAUAAGAAUGUCAAGUAUACCAUCGAUGAAGAACCGGAGGGAAAUAAUGAAGAUGACUAUGUCAUCCCCAAAGAUUCCAGUCCUGUCCCCGCAGAUUCUCCAGACAAAAAGACCAAGAACGCGAACCCGUUACCCAGAGGAAGACCAAAAAAGAUACGUUCAGAUGGUGAUACAUGCAAACGUUUUAAGCAUACAGAUGGCUCUAUGACAUUGGAUGGGACGACUGAGACUCUGGAUACAACGACAUCAGACUGUUCAGACUGUACCUUUUUGACUGGGACUGCAAGUGAUGGUGAAGACAAGUUUGCCGCAAAAAAGAAUGAAAAGACUAUAGUGGAUUUUAGGAGAAUUCGAUAUAAUAAACAAGACUUGGUUACACAUGAGCACAGAAGGCCAACUUGGCCCUCAAAUAUGCAACUGGCUGAUAAGAUUAGUGCCUUUAUCCACAAAAAUGUAGCCGAUAAAACUGAUUUUAGAGAGGGACAGGAACCUACUACGCUCAGUAUUUGCAAUCAGUUUGCUCUGCAAAACCAUGAGGCCAUGGUUGCUGAUAGCGAUCGUGUGCAUUACUACAGAGCGGCUAUAUUUUGGACAGGACAUGGCUCAAGGGACGGUACUGAGCAAGAUUCAACAUAUUGUAAAAAUAAGAAAGUUCUAGAGAUUGGAACUGGACCAAUGUGUGUGCUAGCCAUGAAUGCGCGAAAUGCAGGGGCAAAGUUUAUAGAUGCAAUAGAGGUCUCCUCUCAUGCAGCUAGACUUGCUGGGAAAUUAAUGGCAGCAUACGGUUGCGAUGAUGUCAUAAAUGUUUUUAAUAGUCAUUCAAAACAAUUUGUAUUUGAUCAAAAGAGAUAUUUUUCAGAAUCGCUCUCUGAGGAUAAUGAAAUCAUGUUGCCUCCAGACCCUCCUUAUGAUAUGAUUAUAAGUGAAAUUCUUGGUGAUUUUGCUUCACAAGAAGGAGUUGCUGAUGUUUUUUUGGAUUUACAACGUAGAAUUUUGUUUGAAAAUAAAAGAUUUAUAGGCAAAACAAAGAGCAUUCCAUAUGCAGCAUAUACCAUGUUUGUGCCGUCCAUUUUUCCAGAUUCUAGUAAUAUUUUAAAUAAGGCAUCUUCACAUGCUGAAAUGACAAUUUUUAGUCCCACGUUUAGAAUGCUGCAAAGUGUGGGAAUGAGGGUUGACAAUCUACCUCUGUGUGAUGAAUGGCAACCAAUUGAAAAGUUAUAUUUGGAAGAAUGGAUGCAACCACAAAUGUGUCAGCAUUAUGAAAAUCUGUUUGAAAUCUCAUAUUAUGGAGAAUUUUGUGGAUUUUUGGUUGGUAUAGAUGUUGAAAUUCGACCGGGAGAACAUUUUGGUACAAGAUAUGGCCAGUGUGAAAGUUGGUAUACUAAUAUAGUCUUGUUGGAUAAGGAAUAUACUGUAUAUCCAGGGGAUUUUGUUCUCGUCAGAACAAUUUCAAAUCUCACUAAUUAUGUGUCGGUGCAUUGUGACGGUGCCAAGAUUCCAGUCUCUAGGCCAAGUUAUUCCUUUCGUGCAUUCAUCCUCUCAGAUGUCACAGAGGAACAAGAGUUUCAAGACGUCAUUGAAAAGUUUAGCAAUCUGACGAACGACUCACAAGAAUCAAAACUAUACGAGUACAAGGGUCAAGCAUGUAAUAAGCUAGAGUGUGCCGAGUUGGAAAAGAUUGUCUAUACCCCUAAAGUCAAAGACUCUGUACCAUUAGACAUUUUAAAUACUGGUGCAGAUUCACAUGUAUCAACAACAUGCAACAUACCAGACGAUUGGUUAGAAUCGUAUGAAUUUGUCAAGACUGGCUCCAAGAUUUACAAAAUUGUGGAAAGACCUCCACCAGUCCUAGUGGAUUAUGAUGAACAAACAUGCGCAAUUUAUAAUGAACCAAGAACUACAAGAAGAAAACUACCAACAGAUCCUCCAAAACGCUAUCAACGUCUCAAGGGAAAAACCACUAGUUAA